GGCCCCCUGGCGGCCACGCACCCAACCGCGCACCAUCAACACUCGGGACGCGACUCCAGCUGUCAACAUCAUGUCAUCCAAAGUGACCUUCAAAAUCACAUUGACUUCAGACCCCAAACUUCCAUACAAAGUGCUGAGUGUGCCAGAACAAACUCCCUUCACUGCUGUGUUGAAAUUUGCAGCAGAAGAGUUCAAGGUUGAGCCCUCAACCUCUGCUAUCAUCACAGAUGAUGGCAUUGGAAUUAACCCUAGUCAGGAUGCAGGAAGUGUAUUUAUGAAACAUGGCUCAGAACUUCGUUUGAUUCCACGUGACCGUGUUGGUGCUCUCUGAAGGGACUGCUGUUAACAUCAGACUGUUUUACUUUCUAGACACUUUAUGAAAUUGAUAGUUUUUGUAUAUUUCUAAAUGAAGAAGAUUCUCUAUCAUAUAUGAAAGCUGAUUUUAAUUGAUAGUCUUUUUUGUAAAAGUAUAUUCCAUAGGUUGAUCAUACUGAUAUCUACACACUUAGUCUUCUGUCACAAGGAA